AUGACGACCGACUUGCCGCCAAAAGGCGAUGAGAGUGUGGCUGGUGCCACGCGGCAGCCCGACAAAAUCGCCGACCAUGACCUGUUGGGUGGUGGGGGAGACAGCGACAGCAAGCCUGGGGUUGAGCACCAUUCUGGAGAUGCCGCCUCGGCACUUGCGUUGACGCCCGAGGAGCUCGAGAUGGAAAAGAAACUCAAGAGGAAAAUUGACACGCUCAUCAUGCCAAUGGUGGUGCUGGUUUAUCUCAUGAACUAUAUUGAUCGCAACAAUUAUGCCGCAGCCAGGCUUCAAGGUCUCGAGAGGGACCUCAACCUCAGCGACUCCCAGUAUCAGCUCGGUCUUUCCAUUCUCUUUGUCGGCUACAUCCUUGCCCAGGUGCCGUCCAACAUGCUGCUCAACUACAUGGGUCGCCCGUCCCUCUACCUGGGUCUCUUCACCAUCCUUUGGGGAUCCGUGUCUGCCCUGACCUCGCUGGUCAAGAAUUUCGGUCAGAUCGUGGCCUGCAGGUUCAUCCUCGGCAUGGUCGAGGCCCCCUUCUUCCCGGGCGUCCUGUUCUACCUGUCGAAGUGGUACACCAAGUCGGAGCUCAACUUGCGCAUGUCCAUCUUUUACUCGGGGUCCUUGAUUUCUGGUGCAUUCGGCAACCUGAUUGCAGGAGGAAUCCUGAAUGGUCUAGGGAACGCGCAUGGCCUGUCGCCUUGGCAGUGGCUGUAUAUUAUUGAAGGCGUCAUUACCGUUGCAGUCGGCACCCUCCUCAUCUUUGUCCUCCCCGACUUCCCCGACACGUGGAAGAGCCUGUCGCCGGAGCUGAAGCAGAUUGCGAACCGCCGCCUGGCCAUCGAGGCGGCCCAGGCUGACGUGGACGAGGCCGGCGGCAUGAGCCAGCUCAAGGGCUUCAAGCUGGCCAUGACGGACCCUUGCACCUACGUGCUCGCGCUCUCGUACAUGUGCGUGACGGGCACGGCCGGCUUCCAGAACUUCUUCCCCACCCUGACGAGCACCUUUGUGGCCGGUAACGACCGGGUCAAGGCCCUGCUGCUCUGCGCGCCGCCGUACCUGUUUAUUACCGUCGGUUCGCUGGUGCACUCUGUGUAUUCGGACAGGGUCGGGAACCGGUUCUGGUUCUACAUGUAUCCGAUUCCGGUCACCAUCGUCGGCUUUCUCAUCUUCAUGUUUGUCGACGACUCCAACUUUGGCGCAAAGUACUUCUCCCUCUUCCUCAUGGUGGUCGUCUUCAACAUGAACGGCACGACGUACGCCUGGAUCGCAAACGCCAUCCCCCGCCCCCCGGCCAAGCGCGCGGCCGCCUUCGCCUUCAUCAACAGCAUUGGCAACUCGGCCAGCAUCUGGACGCCCUUCACCUACCGCCAGCAGGACUUCCCCUCGUACAAGCUGGCCAUGGGCAUCAACAUUGGCCUGCAGGCGGUGGCGGCCGUGUGCGGCCUGCUGAUGUGGUACAUCCUGACGAGCCGGAACAGGCAGCUGGAGAGGAUGGAGAACGAGGACGCCGAGCUCAGCGCCAAGGACCUGGCCGUGUUGCAGAAGACGGCCGAUCUGGCCGGCGUCGAUGUCGCCACCGCGAGGAGGCAGCAGAAGGGGUACAGGUACAUGAUUUGA